AUGUCUUCUUUUACGGGAUUUCUUGUGAAAAAAACUAUACAAGAUUAUCCAAUCAGAUAACAAUUAGGGUAUUACUAGGAUUUUCAGAGAUAGAACUUGACUCUCUACAUAAAUAAAAAGCUUGCAGAUAUGAGAUUGUCAAAUGGCACAAACUCUGUCAAUGCUAAAAGUUUAGUUAAUUUAAACAUUUAAACAAAUAUUGAUACACCAAAUAAAGUGGGUAAUUUUAGAAGAAGGCAGAUUUCAUAAUAGGAAUGUUAAUCGCGACCAAAAACCUCUUAUCAUAAAAAAUAACAUAAAGUUUAACCAAAACCAGAAUAAAAGGUUGCAUCCCUAAUAAAUGACGAAUUGAUGAAAUAGAAUUCAACUAGUUCCUUGUAUCAGGAAUAUAAAAUGGCCAAUCUCAAGGCAAACCUUUAAAAAUUGCAAGCCCAAAAAAAAUGCAACCUAAUCGAACUCAAUCAUGUUGAAUUGGCUGAUGAUGAAUAAAUUAAUUAUUAUUUGACUGAAUUAUGUAAGUAGCAUCCCGAAGUGGAUAUUGGCAAGCUGUUGGAUGUGGACGUAGAAAAAGUGUCAUUGAUCCAUCAUCAAGACAAGUUGAACGAGUUAAUAGAGAAGAGGAUAAAUUAAGAGGAAUUCGAUUAAUUACUAAGCAAGGAUGAGAAAACAAAUUUGGUCAAAGUCUACAAAGAAUCCAGGUAUGAUCAAUUCGAACCAGAGUACAGUAAAAAGAACAAAUUAAAAAUGACUACGUUUAAAAAAUAAAAAGAGAUUUAGGAUAAAUUAUUUGCUUAAAUAUUUGAGGAUGAAGUUCAAAAUAAAACUCAAAAAGUUGACAUGAACAAAUUUUUCAGAGCUCCACCCCAAUAAAUAUCAGGUAAGAUUAAAAGAAGAUCAAAUUAUGCUAUUAAUUCCAAACCUUUAUCUCAUAGGUAAUCUCCUGGAGUUAGCCAUUUCGAAUCAAGACCUUAGACUGCCUUAGGUACACAUACACAAUCCUAGACAUUCUUGACGACCAAAUAAAAAUGGGAUGGUAAAGGUGUUGAUCCUGAUACUUAAUAAUAAAUGCAAGAUAUUAUUGGAUAUUGUAUUGAAUUAGAGGAUGAACAGAAAAAGGAGAAGAAAUAAUUUAAAAGAAAAAUGAGGAGAAUGGAUUAGGAGAUAUAACGAUCAGUGAGAACAGUAUCAGAAUAAUUUCAUAAUUAAGACAAAUAAACUAUACAACAUGAGGAAUUCAAAAAGUUUUAGAGUGAAACAUAAUUCAAGAGAAAACUUAUUGGGUUUUUGAUGAAUCAAGUUGCUGAUAAAAAUGAGAUUUUGAGUUAGAAAGCACGAAAAGAAUCAACUAGUAAAUUUAUUCAUAAAGUUUCAAAAUUAUCUAAUGAAUGA